AUGCUGGAGUCCAUCCGUGUCACCGAAAAACUUCACUGGCCUAAGACAGACCUUUCUAAGAAAUCAAUCCUGAACCUAGAAGUACACAAGCUGAACAUUAGCAAUGAAAACAGCCUCCAGCACCCACCUCCUGGCAUCCUUAAGGACAUCUUUACCACCGGAACCAGUAGCUACAACGUCCUUCUGCAGAGCAAAGAGGAGAAGAAGCACCACGCUCAGAAGCAGCCGUCUGCUCACCACAAGAAGCACAGGAAAGCCACCAAGGGCUGCUCCGCCGCCUCCCGGAGCGGGGAGCAGCGCAAAAUGCAAGCGGCGCUGCCCUUGCUGAGCGGCGGCUGGUACCGCGCCGGCGCCCAGCCCUCCGCCGUCCGCCCCGGCCCCGGCUCCGCCGGAGUGAACUUCACCAGCAGCAUCGCGGGUGCGGGGAGCGGCAUAGCACUGCCUCCUCGACCCAGGGGUAGAACUAAGAGGCGUUUUCAUCUGGCAAAGCCGAAGCAGUCGCAGAGCUCGAAAAGCCCCGGGAAAGAAGGGGACAGCUCCGGCCAGAAGCUCUGUUUGCUGACUGCCAUCAAGCCUUGCAACGUGGAGGAAGAGAAGGUGAAAUUCUUCAAGUCGGAUUUCACAUACAACCCUCAGUUUGAAUAUGCAAAUCCUGCUCUGCCAAACGUGUUAGCUAAGCACAGUCAUGCAUCUGACAGGUUUCUUAAGCAGUCUAUUAACAUUAUGGAGAGGACACUGCAGAAAUACGGAAGCUAUGAGAAGUUUGAGCAGGCCACUGGAGGCAGCUUGCUGACCAAAAGUCGCAUCUGGAAUCAUGUCAGGAAGUACAUGGUGAAAGAAGGCUGUCUUGGGGAGAUCGUGGUCCACCUGACAGAGGACCUGCUGUCUCGAGCCUCCAUGACGGUGGUGAACGGCCGCCCCACGCUCACCAUCAACACCUCCACUGCCCGCGAGCACUGGCUGGAAGGGAUGCUGAGGCACGAGAUUGGCACUCACUACCUGCGGGGGUGUAACAACAGCCGCCAGCCCUGGUGCAGCUGGCACGGGCGCCGGGCACACGGCCUGAAGCCCAUCAACCCCACCGAGGAGGGCCUGGCCAGCAUCCACAGCGUCCUCUUCCGCAAGGACCCCUUCCUCUGGAGAGCUGCCCUGCUCUACUACACAGUCUACCAGGCCAGCCAGCUGUCCUUCAGCCAGCUCUUCCAGGACCUGGGCAAGUUCGUCAAGGACCCCAGCACGAGGUGGGACUACUGCGUGCGCGCCAAGAGGGGACGGACCGACACGUCCCAGCCAGGCUGUUUCAACAAGGAUCAGGUGUACCUGGAUGGCAUCCUCCGAAUCCUGAGGUACAGGGAGUCCAUUGAUUUCCAUCUCCUGACAGCCCUUGGCAAGAUCUCCUACGAGGACGUGGAGCGUCUGAAGGGCUUGGCCGUGACGGAGAACAGGAGGCUGCCACACUUCCUGCAGGACCAAGCCCGCUACAUGGAGCACCUGCAGAAGAUCAUGCAAGUCAACGAACUGACUGAUGAGGAGCUCCAGGAUCUCAUCAAUUAGCCACAGGAGCCCACCAGUCCCUCGC